CUGGGGAAGGGGGACUGGUUGGCGGCGGGAAAGAACUACAUUCUCCCUGGGGAGCCUCUGCUAAACGAAAGCACAGAAGAGAGAGACCCAGGGUGACCCCCCCUACCCCCACCCAUUUAAUACACAUGGCUGCUUCUAGUGAGCCCUGGGACUAGAAAGCGAGGGACCUGGGAAAGGGAAUUUUUACAAAGAGGGAUGCAGCUUCUGGGAGAUGCCGGGUGAUGCCUUCCGUGCACAAAGAGACCUGAAAAGAUUGCAGAAAAGAAAACACAUAAGGCAGUUUUUGCUGGAUUCAGGAGAAAUUCCAAAAGCUAGAACCCUGGUCUUGGGACAUGAAGUGAUGAACUAUGAACUUGGGUCUCAGCAGGAAGCUGUGUUUUCCAGGAAGAACCAGCAGUUAUAUGGCUCACGUUUGACAACAUGCACCACCAGUGGCUUCUGUUAGCUGCGUGCUUUUGGGUGAUUUUCAUGUUUAUGGUUGCCAGCAAGUUCAUCACUUUAACCUUUAAGGACCCAGAUGUGUAUGGUGCCAAACAAGAGUUCCCAUUCCUGACAACUAUACCAGAAUUAGAAAAGUGGAGAGAGGAGAAACACUUGCCUAAAGAACUAAAGCCAACUGGAAAAGUGCUUUCUGGAAACCACCUUAAUCAACCCUUGGUCCACAUGGAGCGUCUGGAACUACUCAAAAAUGUCUGCCAGGAUGCAGCUCUGAGGAAUCUCUCACACACCACAGUCUCAAAGUUUGUCUUAGAUCGAAUAUUUGUCUGUGACAAACACAAGAUUCUCUUCUGUCAGACUCCCAAAGUGGGCAAUACACAGUGGAAAAAAGUUCUGAUUGUUUUAAAUGGAGUUUUUUCUUCCAUUGAAGAGAUCCCAGAAAAUGUGGUACAUGACCAUGAAAAAAAUGGCCUGCCACGUUUGUCUUCUUUCAGUGACUCUGAAAUUCAGAAACGCUUGAAAUUAUACUUCAAAUUUUUUAUUGUAAGAGAUCCCUUUGAAAGACUCAUUUCUGCUUUUAAGGAUAAGUUUGUACAUAACCCUAGGUUUGAACCUUGGUAUCGGCAUGAGAUUGCUCCUGGCAUCAUUAGAAAAUAUAGAAGGAAUCGAACAGAAACCAGGGGUCUUCAGUUUGAGGACUUUGUGCGUUACCUGGGGGACCCAAACCAUAGGUGGUUAGAUCUUCAGUUUGGGGACCACAUCAUUCAUUGGGUGACGUAUGUAGAACUCUGCGCACCCUGUGAAAUAAGCUACAGUGUGAUUGGACAUCAUGAGACCUUGGAGGAAGAUGCUCCGUAUAUCCUGAAGGAAGCUGGGAUUGAUCAUCUAGUAUCUUACCCCACAAUUCCACCAGGCAUUACUGUGUAUAACAAGACCAAGGUGGAACACUACUUCUUGGGAGUAAGCAAAAGAGACAUACGCCGUCUGUAUGCACGUUUUGAAGGAGACUUUAAACUCUUUGGGUAUCAGAAGCCAGAUUUUUUGCUAAACUGAUUUUUGGGACCUAUGAAGAGAGAAGUGUCUUCCUUAAACCAAGGGAUAUCCAGCUGUGUAUCUGAACCCAGAACUGGUUUCCUGAACUGCACCUUCAUUUUCUAAAAUUCCCAAUUGAUAACCAUUGGCCAGUUGUUAACUCUUUGGCAUGUAAAAUGGAACCCCUCUUAGUAAUCAUCCUUCAUUUGUGCAUAGGGGGCAUUGAAUGGCACCAUGAUAACCAGGACAUCUCUGGCCUUCCAUUCCUCCAGGAACAAAAAGAAGAAUCUAAUAUGUAAGGCAAGAAGUGGGGCUUGAGGAGAAUAAUACAAUUUUAAGAGUGGUUUUGGACAGCAAUCAAAGAGAAAGACUUAAUCGCUAAUGAAUUAAUGGACUGUAGGUGGAAUUGUCAUUUGUGAGUUGCCAGUAAUGGUACCUAGUGCUGACAGGAAGAAUAGAAAAGUUAACAGGCUGUGAAAAUUGUAAAGACUAAAAUUUGAUGAUAAAAUUAUACCUCUGGGUUUCGUUUUUUUUUUCUUUUUACUUCUAUAAAAACUGAGGAAAGACUUUUUUUUUGUUUUUUUCAUAGUCAUGUUGGAGAGAAUUUGAUUUCUCCCCCACUCUGAUUCAGUUAUGUCCCAAAGAGCAGCUUCAGGAGAUUUUCUUAAUGGAAAAAAUGCACCUGUGUAAUGAUGUCCUAAAUGCUGAGCCUUUGUUGGCCAAGCAGUUUACCUGAUCCCAUCAAAGAAUUCCAAAGUUCAUGGUGUUAGAUUGCUUGAGAUCAAAGGGAGAAUGCAGAUUCUUCCUCUCUGAAAAGGAGAAUUCUUUGUAGGCAUUAAGGAAAGCAUAGGAUGGUUUUUUUAAAAAAUCUUUUAAAUUUUGAAGUUUGGGUUUAAUAAAUACCACCCUGACACUGCUUUUUAAACACUCUACCCAUUAGCAACCAAUAUUUGAAUGCCCAAAUCUGAACAGGGGCAGUACAGUACAGGGUGCUUGGUAGGGUCUCCUACUACUCAUUCCAAGGUGCCUGUCCUGGUCCUAGGCCUGCAUUGUUAGUGUAGGAGGAAAGCAGGGAUGUAAUUUAUUGUCCUUGCCUUGGAUCUCAGCAAAAUGCCAUAGAGUGGGACCAUGGCUUCUACCUGCAUUUCUAAAAGUUGUGAGUUUGAGUUCACCAGCAAUAAAAUCCAGCAAUGUUAAUUGGUUUGCUGGCCCCUUGUGGGGUAAGAUUGUUGUUAGCAAUUUUAGCAGUAUCAGAAUAGACCUCUGAGGUGAAAGAGGCAACAGGCAGAGGAUGAUCCUUCCCUGGGGUAUCAGUCUCUCUCUAGGCAUUGGAGGAGAAUGAGUGGAAUAUAAUUAGAUCUUACCAUUGCCAUCACAUCUAAAGAAAUACCCUAGGUAUCACAGAUGAACCAUAUACUAUUCCAUUUGAAGAUGGAGUUUAAAAAAAGCUGAGGGAAUUUCCUCUAAUAGAUGAAGUAGUAAAGUCUUGACCCCCAUAGAGAGAGCUGUGGUGCUCUCUCUGCCUCUCUCUCUCUCCCUCUGUCUCUCUGUCUCUGUCUCUCUCUCUCUCUGUCUC